AUGGAAGGGGGGUGGCCUGCUGGGGGGGGAUUCCUCCUCUACCUCACUGUCAACCUUCUGCUUCCAGGAAAAGGUGACACUUUCACCAUCAAUUGCUCAGGCUUUGACCAGCAUGGGGUGGAUCCUGCUGCCUUCCAAGCAGUGUUUGACAGAAAGGCCUUCCGUCCAGUCGUCAACGACAGCAUCCCCACUCGUGUCAACAUCUCCUUCACCCUGUCUGCCAUCCUGGAAGUGAAUGCACAGCUCCAGCUUCUGACGUCAUUCCUGUGGAUGAAUUUGAUGUGGGACAAUGCCUUCAUCAGCUGGAACCCAGAAGAGUGUGCCAGCAUCAAUAAACUCACUGUAUCAGCUGAAAACCUGUGGCUCCCAGACAUCUUCAUUGUGGAAUCCAUGGAUGUGGAUCGAGCACCUCCAGGUCUCACUGUAUUCGUCAGCAGUGAAGGUCAAAUGACCUACGACCGGCCAGUGCGGGUGACCAGCAUCUGUAAUCUAGACAUCUUCUACUUCCCUUUCGACCAACAGAACUGCACCUUCACCUUCAGCUCCUUCCUCUAUACAGUGGACAGCAUGCUACUGGGCAUGGACAAGGAAGUGUGGGAGAUAACAGAUACAUCUCGCAACCUCAUCCAGACCCAGGGAGAGUGGGAGCUCCUGGGCAUCAACAAAGCCACCCCAAAGAUGUUGGUGGGCAGCAACCUAUAUGACCAGAUCAUGUUCUAUGUGGCCAUCAGGCGCAGGCCCAGCCUCUACAUCAUAAACCUUCUGGUGCCCAGUGGCUUUCUGGUUGCCAUUGAUGCCCUCAGCUUCUACCUGCCGGCAGAAAGUGAGACUCGUGCCCCAUUCAAGAUAACACUUCUGCUGGGCUACAACGUCUUCCUGCUCAUGAUGAAUGACUUACUCCCUGCAACUGGCACCCCUCUCAUCAGUGUCUACUUUGCCCUGUGUCUGUCCCUGAUGGUGAUCAGCCUGCUAGAAACCAUCUUCAUCAUCCACUUGUCGCACAUGGCUACCACACAGCCCCCACCUAUGCCUUGGUGGCUCCACUCUCUGCUCCUCAACUGUGCAAGUCCAAGGAAGUGCUGCACCACUGCACCUGGGAAGGGAAAUAAGGGCUUCGGCCUCACCCUCACCCACCUGCACGGUAUGAAGAAGCCCGUGGAGUUAGUGGAGAAGGUGCCAGGUACCAGAGGGACAGGGUUAAAUGGGUGUCCUGGGUCAACAAGGGUUCAACAGGAAGAUGAGGCUCAGAAGCAGCACUUGGUCGACCUGUGGGUGCAGUUCAGCCACAUGAUGGACACCCUGCUCUUCCGCCUCUACCUGCUCUUCACGGCCACCUCCAUCAUCACAGUCAUCGUCCUCUGGAACACCUAGGCAGGCAUGCAUUUCCACUUGUCCCUGCAAACCACAGCCUGGAGUUUCUCUUGGUCUUAGAGCCAGCCAGUCCUGGGCCCCAUUCCUGAUCUUAGCCACUUAACCCCAGUGACUACCAUGUCCCCAUCUAUACUCCCCAAACUCCAACACAACUGUACCAAGCAGGUUCAGAAUAGCCCCAAACAAUUUCCUGAUUUCUCAUAUGUCAUUCCUACACACUUUAAGAGUUCCUUAGCCACACAUAACUUCUGACUCUCUUAUCAAUGGAGCUGAGGGUCAGCAGAGUCUCUCUUUGAUUGAUUGUCCCCCAAACAUAACUUUUCAGGAAGAACUGGCUCCUCAGUACAUUUCUAAUAGGUCCACAAACACUGGGACGUAGACUAUCAAGUCUUGCAGAGGACUUGAUAGUUCACUUAA